GCACAACUUCAUCACAAACCAAAAACAAUCUUUUAAUUAUUAGCAAUGAUGAUAGUUCCCACAAUUUUUAAUUUCCUUCAGUUUAUUACUAUCUUAUAUUUUUUCACAGUUACAUUUGCUACCACUGAGGAAGCAACUGCUCUUCUAAAAUGGAAAGCAACUUUCCAAAACCAGAACAAUUCCUUAUUGACUUCGUGGACGCUAAGCGGUCCUGCUGGUACCAACAGAAUUGGAGCGGCGAGUUCUAAUGCGUGUACGGACUGGUAUGGAGUUACAUGUUCUAAUGGUAGGGUAAACAUGUUGAAUAUGACAAAUGCUGGUAUCAUUGGCACACUCUAUGAUUUUCCAUUUUCUUCACUCCCUUUUCUUGAUUAUCUUGAUCUUAGCAUGAACCAACUCUCUGGCACUAUCCCACCUGAAAUAGGAAAGCUCACUAAUCUUUUCUAUCUUGACUUGUCCAUCAAUCAGAUUUCGGGCACAAUUCCACCACAAAUCAGCUCAUUAACAAAGCUUGGGACUCUCCACAUCUUUGUCAACCAAUUAAAUGGUUCCAUUCCGGAGGAAAUAGGUCACCUAAGGUCUCUUACUGAGCUAGAUUUGAGUUCUAACAUUCUUAAUGGUUCUAUUCCUGUUUCUUUGGGGAAUUUGAACAACUUGUCUGUUUUGAGUCUGUAUGAGAACCAUCUUUCUGGUUCCAUUCCAGCAGAAAUAGGAAAACUUGUCAAUCUUGUUGAACUUUUACUUGAUUCAAACAACUUAACUGGUCAUAUUCCUCCAGAAAUCGGAGAACUUGUCAAUCUCGAUAGAGUUUAUCUUGAUUCAAACCAAUUAACUGGUCAUAUUCCUGCCGAAAUAGGGAAGAUGAAGUCACUUGAGGAGUUGAGCAUAAACACCAACAAUUUUUCUGGUCCAAUUCCCAAAACUAUAGGAGAAUUAACUGAGCUCCAACUCUUGUACCUUCAUACCAACCAACUUUCUGGUCCCAUUCCUAGUGAAUUGGGGAAUCUGAAAAAACUGAAUUAUCUGCAGUUAUCCACUAAUCAACUUUCUGGUCCGAUUCCCGAUUCUUUCGGCAAUUUGAGAAACUUGAAAAUUUUGUUUCUCCGUAACAACAAACUUUCUGGUUCUAUUCCAAAAGAACUUGCAUAUUUGGACAACUUGGUUGUGAUGGAAAUGGAUGAAAAUCAGUUUUCAGGCCAUUUGCCUGAGAAUCUUUGCCAAGGUGGGAAACUUGUGAACUUCACGGUGAAUAGUAACAAGCUAACAGGGCCAAUACCAAGAAGCUUGAGCAACUGCUCAAGUUUCGAAAGGGUUCGCUUUGAUAACAACAGUUUUACUGGGAAUUUAUCUGAAGCUUUUGGUAUCUAUCCGGAGCUGCAGUUCAUUAAUUUGAGCGAAAAUGAUUUUCAUGGCGAACUAAGCAGCAACUGGGGGAAAUGCAAGAAUUUGACUGAUCUUCGGAUAGCCAGAAAUAGAAUUGGUGGUCGCAUACCACCAGAGAUUGGAAACCUCAAAGGGCUUCAAGGACUAGAUCUUUCAUCCAAUCAUUUGGUUGGGAAGAUUCCUAGGGAAUUUGGAAAAUUGACCUCUCUGGUUAAUCUUCUUUUGCAAAACAACCAAAUUUCUGGCAAUAUUCCUAUGGAACUUGGGUCAUUGACAAAGUUAGAUUACCUUGAUCUUUCAGACAAUAGAUUGAAUGGUUCGAUCCCAACGUUUAUAGGAGAUUACCAUCACCUGUUUCACUUGAACCUGAGCAACAACAAAUUUGGCCAAAAUAUUCCGAAGGAGAUAGGGGGUAUAACUCAACUUAAUGUACUUGAUUUGAGCCAUAAUGUUCUGGUUGGAGAAAUACCCCCUCAGUUAACCAAUUUGAAGGUCUUGGAAAGCUUAAAUAUUUCCCACAACGGCCUUUCUGGCCACAUUCCUGAAGAAUUUGAAAGUUUGACUGGUUUGCAGGAUGUUGUCUUGUCAUACAAUGAGUUGGAAGGUCCAAUACCUAAUAAUAAAGCUUUCACAAAUGCCUCAUUGCAAGGUAAUAAAGCUCUUUGUGGCAAUGUAACAGGUUUCGUGCCAUGCAACAUACCAUCUUCUAUGGUGAAGAAGCACUCAAUGGCGAAGGGACUUAAACUCAUCCUCAUCACUGUACUUCCUAUUCUGGGAGCAUUAGUGCUUCUUUGUGCUUUCGCUGGUGCUCUCUUUAUGCGUGACCAAAGAAGAAGAGUUGGAGACAUUGAAAGACGGGAUUCCAUAGACAAAGAUGAUGGUCUGCUUUCAAUAUCCUCAUUACAUGGAAAUUCAUUAUACUGGGAUAUCUUAAAAGCCACAGAGGAGUUUGAUGCAACAUUUUGCAUUGGGAAAGGAGGGUUCGGAAGUGUUUACAAGGUAAAUCUUCCAUCAUUGGGAAAUGUAGCUGUGAAGCGACUUCAUUCUUCAUUUGAGAUUAAGCAUCGCAAGAGCUUCAUGAAUGAGGUAAGGGCAUUGACAGGGAUUAAGCAUCGGAACAUUGUGAGACUCUAUGGCUUUUGUUCGAAUGCACAACACUCGUUCUUGGUUUACGAGUAUGUGGAGAGGGGGAGUUUGUCUAGUAUUUUGAGCAACGAAGUAGAGUCUAAGAAAUUGGAUUGGCUUACAAGGGUGAAUAUCAUCAAAGGUAUUGCUUAUGCUUUAUCCUACAUGCACCACGAUUGCUCACCCCCGAUUGUUCAUCGGGACAUAUCAAGCAGUAAUGUUUUGCUUGACUCCGAGUUUGAAGCUCGUGUUUCUGAUUUUGGCAUAGCUAAGAUUCUCAAGCCAGACUCAUCCAAUUGUACUGCACUUGCAGGCACAUAUGGCUAUGUAGCACCAGAGCUUGCCUAUACAUUGAAGGUGACGGAAAUGUGUGACGUCUACAGCUUUGGAGUAUUAGCAUUGGAGGUAAUCAAAGGAAAGCAUCUUGGGGAAUACCUUACUCUUCUAGCAAAUCCAUCAACAAGAGAUGUGCAGCUAAGUGAUUUGCUAGAUGAACGCCUUCCACAUCCUGAGGAUGAAGUAAAAGAGUUUUUGGUUUUCAUCGUCAAGCUAGCAAUCUCGUGUUUGCUUGAAAAUCCAAAAUCAAGGCCAACGAUGCACUUCAUCUCUCAUAUGUUAUCAAUGGAUCCACCCAAUCAUCAGAUUCCAUGAAAGUGAGAUUCCUCGAAAUGUAAGGUGCCCUGGUAUGGAAAAGAUUAUGCUCAGCACCAAGUGGUUGUGAAGUAACAAGUAUGUUGAUCAGAACUUUCACAGCAAAAUAUUAUUAAGAUUAGCCUUUCUGUAUUGUUGAGUUGCUUAUAUAGAUUACUUAUUUCAAUUUGAAGGUUUCAGAGCCUUUGUACUAGAAUAUAUACAAAUUACAGUAAUAUACUGAUGUUAAGUAAUAAAAGCAAGUUCCAUGUUCGUUAAGUA